CCGCCUGGCAGCGGCGGGGUCGGGGUGGGACCGGGGCGCCCCGCGAGGGUCCCGAGGGCGCCCGGGUGCUGGUGUCGCGGCUCGGGCUUGGCUCGGAGGCGCCGCGGGAACAACAAAUCAUUUUGUCUUCAAAGCAUCUUAGACUAAGAAACUUUCAGCUGUGCUGAAAAGCUUAUGAGGUGGAUAAUUUUUCCUUCCCUCUCAUUUGAAAGGAAUUGAAGAAGAAAUAAAAUGGCAGAGGCUUAAAGUUAAUAUUCAGGAUGAAUGAUGAUAAUGCAGAUGAUAAGACAGAAGAUGAAUUGCAAUCCUUACUUAUCAGUGAUAAAAAUGGAAAUACUUAUGCAUACAACCAAAACUCACCACCUGCACAAAAUGCGUCAACCGGAAACGUGAAUUGGAAUUCUGCCAACCCAGAUGACAUGGUGGUCGAAUAUGAAACUGACCCUGCUGUGGACAGUGGUGAAAAUAUUUCUUUAAAUCAUCAGCGUGUCAAAGUACCUGAUCACCAAAAGUCUUCAAGUGAUGUCAUUAGUAAGCAGGUGUUAGAUAUGCAUACAGAGUCCAUUCCGCAGUCUCCAGCAUUUGUUGUCGGUACAGAGAAGCAUGAGUAUCUGCCUAACAAUUGUCAUUCCCUAGAAGCAGUUCAGGACCAGAGUGUUAAGCCAUCUCUGCCCUUUGUAUGGAAGCCCAAUGAUGAUUUGACCCGUGGAGACUGCUCUCCUUCCUUGGAGCUAAACCAGACAUUUGACAUGACAGUGGAUAAAGUUAACUGCACCAUUAUAUCACAUCAUGCCAUUGGAAAGAGCCCAUCUUUGCCUACCACUGGAAGUCUGCCACCGACCAGUAUGAGAAGUGGAAAUACAUCUUCUGUAUCCCAUUCCACUUGGACGUCUUCCCAUUCUGAUAGGAUGCAUGCAAGAGAAACUAGUUACGACAGAAAGAACUUUGAAAACCCUCAAGCCACACCAUUAGAGGCUCGAGACACAACUUACACAGCGGUUUCUGAUGUAGUGAUGCAAACUGAGGUUUUUGUUCCAGAUACUGAAAAUCAGUGUCAGUAUUCUUCAGGAAAGGUCACCAGUGAGUACACAGAUGGGUCACAGCAAAGACUAGUUGGAGAAAAAGAGAUACAAGCUCCAACACCAGUUUCUGAUGGCUUGAAAGUCCCCAAUGGGUCUGUAGUACAAAAGUUCUUUUGUUUAUCUAAAGAUGAACCAAAUAGUGACACACAUUCACUGAGCUCAUAUGGGCAAAAGGAAAUGGGCCAAAAUCUGAGAGGGACAGUGUCCAAUUGUCUUACUGAUGAUGAAUGCCCUUUAGUGGUGCCAGCUUUUGAUAAAAAUAAAGCCCAAGUGCUGAGUCCAGAGCAUAAGGUCACUGUGACUAAAGACACACAAAUUGCCUCCAAUGAAAAGGAUUUGGGAACCCAAAAUUGUACCCCAGAAUUGAUAGUAAGUAGCCUGCCAGGACCAAAUAUGGUUUCGUCAUUUGAACUGACCUGGGAGGCAGAUAACAUGGUCAUUAGCACAAAUGACACAGUUUGCAUGUCAACACCAGUCCAGGAACCCACAAACAUAACCUUUUCUGUUUCACCUGUUCAAGCGACAGAGAAAUGUAAGAAAGUGGAGAAGAGUAAUCGAGAGCUUAAAAACUUACCAAACUUGAAGGGGGCACCUGUGAACAUGUCUAAACCCAGUCUCGGAAAAUCAACAACCAAAACAAAUACCCCAGUAGGCUGCAAAGUUAGAAAAACUGAAAUCAUAAGUUACCCAAGGCCCAACUUCAAGAACGUCAAAGCUAAAGUUAUGUCUAGACCAGUGUUGCAGCCCAAAGACCCUACCUUAUCCAAGGUCCCUCCCAAACCCCAGGUGACCAGUGUCUCUUCACCCUCAUCAGCAUCAUCCUCAAGACAGUCGACAGUUUUGAGCAAACCACCAAGAUCGGACUUGAGUGCAGACACGAAAGCAGAAAUCCUAAUUAACAAGACGCAUAAGCAGCAAUUUAAUAAACUCAUUACUAGCCAGGCUGUGCAUGUUACAACUCAUUCUAAAAAUGCUUCACACAAGGUUCCAAGAACAACAUCUGCCGUGAAAUCGAAUCAGGAAGAUGUUGACAAAGCAAGUUCUUCUAACUCAGCAUGUGAGACUGGGGCCGUAGCAGCGUUUUUUCAGAAGAUCAAAGGCAUGCUCCCUGUGAAAAUGGAAAGUGCAGAAUGUUUGGGAAUGACAUACGUUUCCAACAUCGAUAGGAUUAGCCCUGAAAAGAAGGGUGAAAAAGAAAAUGCGACACCUAUGGAAAAACAAGAGCUCAAACAGGAGAUUAUGAAUGAGACUUUUGAAUGUGGUUCUCUGUUUUUGAGUGCUGCUUCAAAAACUACAGCCACCUCAGGUAGGCGUCGAUCCACGCCUGACUCCUGCAGUUUGAGGAAAAUACCUACUCCAAAAGCCAAAGUGGGCCCUUCUGUUUCCUGUUUGAGGCGGAACAGCGACAGCAGAAAUCUCAAUUCUGAUCGAGCUUUAUCUCCGCAGAGGAUCCGGCGUGUGACCACUUCUGGAAAAUCUGCAUCCUUGAAAACUGUACAGCCGUCCUGGGUGAAUUUGCCGAGACCACUUCCUAAAUCCAAAGCCUCUUUGAAAAGUCCUGCUCUGCGGAGGACAGGAAGCACCCCCUCCGUUGGCAGCACCCACAGCGAACUGAGCGCUUACAGCAAUAAUUCUGGUAAUGCUGCUAUCAUCAAGUAUGAGGAGAAACCUCCCAAACCAGCGUUUCAAAAUGGUUCCUCAGGAUCCUUUUAUUUGAAGCCUUUGGUACCCAGAGCUCAUGUUCACUUGCUAAAGACUCCUUCAAAAGGUCCUUCGAGAAAAACUCUAUUUACAGCUCUUAAUGUGGUUGAAAAGGGCAGGCAAAAGAAUCCCAGAAGUUUAUGUAUCCAGACGCAGACGUCUCCGGAUGCACUGUCCUCCAAAAAAACCCUUGAAUUGGCUCAGUACAAGACAAAAUGUGAAAACCAGAGUGGAUUUAUCCUGCAGCUCAAGCAGCUUCUUUCCCGUGGUAAUACCAAGUUCGAAGCAUUAACAGUUGUGAUCCAGCACCUUCUCUCGGAGCGGGAGGAAGCGCUGAAACAACAGAAGACGCUAUCUCAAGAACUUGUUAACCUCCGGGGAGAGCUGGUCACUGCUUCCACCACCUGUGAGAAAUUGGAGAAAGCCAGGAACGAGUUAGAAGCAGCCUACGAAGGGUUUGUCCAGCAGCACCAGGCCGAUAAGACAGAGCGAGAGAACCGGCUCAAGGAAUUUUACACGAGGGAGUAUGAAAAGCUUCGGGACACUUACAUCGAAGAAGCAGAGAAGUACAAAACUCAGCUGCAGGAGCAGUUCGACAACUUAAAUGCUGCCCAUGAAACCUCUAAGUUGGAAAUCGAAGCCAGCCACUCGGAGAAAAUCGAAUUGCUGAAGGCGGCCUAUGAAGCCUCCCUUUCAGAAAUCAAGAAAAGCCAUGAAAUAGAAAAGAAAUCACUCGAAGAUUUACUUUCUGAGAAGCAGGAAUCGCUAGAGAAACAAAUCAAUGAUCUGAAGAGUGAAAACGAUGCUUUAAAUGAAAAGUUGAAAUCAGAAGAACAAAAAAGAAUAUCAAGAGAGAAAGCAAAUUUGAAAAACCCUCAGAUCAUGUAUCUGGAGCAAGAAUUGGAGAGCCUAAAAGCUGUGUUAGAGAUCAAGAAUGAGAAACUGCAUCAGCAAGACGUCAAGUUAAUGAAAAUGGAGAAACUGGUGGACAACAACACAGCGUUGGUUGACAAACUGAAGAGAUUCCAGCAGGAGAACGAGGAAUUAAAAGCUCGGAUGGACAAGCACAUGGCAAUUUCAAGGCAACUGUCUACCGAGCAGGCCGUUCUGCAGGAGUCCCUGGAGAAGGAGUCAAAAGUCAACAAGCGACUCUCCAUGGAGAACGAGGAGCUUCUGUGGAAGCUGCACAACGGGGACCUGUGUAGCCCCAAGCGGUCCCCCACGUCCUCCGCUGUCCCUUUCCAGUCACCCAGGAAUUCCGGCUCCUUCUCCAACCCCAGCAUUUCACCCAGAUGACACUUCCUGAAAGGCCAGAGACUGUCCGAGCGUGUUCUGAUCCAGCUCUGCAGGGCUGACGGUGAUCGUGGGAGCAAGAGCUCCCUUGGCUCACGUGUCAUUACCGCAGGAUAACUGGAAAAGUCACCGCCACCAGAAUCGGCUGCUUCUGAGACUGGAACUCUGGAGGGGAGACUCUUGGACUUGGUCCAAAAGACUCCUCCAGAAAAGAUUUCGGAACCGACGUGGACGUUAUUGCACAAAGCACUUAAAGAACGAGAGAAUCUUGUUCGUUGCCUUUUCACCUAAGCGUAAGGGGAAAAACUCUCAGGGGCCUAUUAAGAUAAAGAUUUAUAACCUUUGUAAUGUUCUUCACCGCAGACACCUUUCUUGUGAGUUUUAUUUUGGUCUGGCUGGGGGGUGGGGUGUGAAUGAAUUGCCUGUGACAGUGUCACGUGCCCGACGCAGUCGCCUCGGCUGUGUGUUAAGUCAAAAGCCGAACAUACCUGGAUACCUACUAAUCAAGUCAGCGUACACAUUUCAGCAAAAGCCAUAGCAAAAAAAGCAAUAGUCGCUUGAAUUCUGUCUUACCACCAACUCCGCUCAGCCCUGGGACACGGUGGGGAGAGGCUACGCUCUGUCCUUUCUCGGUAUGUUUUUGGGGUAACUCGUUGGCAGUUUCUCAAUGUUCACCCAUGUCCAUUGAAACUAGCUCGAUUUUUCUGUAAAUUUUUUUACUUACCCAUGUGAGCCAACACUAUACUACGAUCCAUUCUCUCAGGCUACGAGUAAAUGUAGGACCCUACUUUUUCUUAAAAAAUCCGUAUAUUUGUACCUUGAUCUAAGCUACCCUUGCAGACCCACACUGUCCCCUGCUCUCCCAUCAGCCUCAUCCCCCCUUUGCUUUCUCCACCAUCCAGAGCCACAAAAGCAAACCACCUACCUCCGACCUGCUUUUCUCUGGGACAAGGACAAAAGAACAUGCUUUGCCAGAGCCAGCUCAUCUUCUAAGGUGCUGAAGCCACUCCAAAUACACUAAGGCCUGGAUCUGGCACUAUAGUUUUGAAGAAAAUCUUAGAAUAAAGAACAAGGAAAAGUCAUUGGCUAGUAGAACUAAAAUAGGAUUCAGUGCUUAUGGAUGAAUUGAAGCACCUUGCGUUAAACCAAUGAUGCAGUAUUUAAUAGAAGAAAACAGUGUGGGAAGAUCAUGCUACUUUUUCAGGUACGGUUUGAGGAAUCCCUCUGGCUUUGGGAAGGUGAGAGAACGGCCAGAGAGUGGAAAAUAUGGCUUGUACGACUCUUCUCCAAGAUACAUUUCGAUUUCUUUCCAAAACUUAUUACCUCCCCCAAUUCUAAGACUUUGGAAAAGGCGGAAGGAAGAACUGUGGCUUUUUCUCCCUCUCCUUGCAUGUGUCAACAUUGCAAUGUAUUUACUAAUCUGCGUUCAGUGGCCGUACAAAUAACCCCUAUAGUAAGAAGAGCUUCAGGAUACUAGAGGUGGAUAUUUGAGUCAUUUACAUGUACAUUGCAUACCAAAUUGAUAUUCUUGAUGCAUGUUUUCUUUAGUGAUUGUCUGAAGUUUAACUUCCGGUAGUUUAUGACGUAUGUAACCUUCCACGUUUGCUUCUGACAAAUGAAAACGUAGGGUCACUGCCACCUCCCAGAAUGUCUCUGCUCACGCUUCCAAGUUGUUCUCGAUGACAUUAGCCAAAGUUGGGUUUGCCAUUCAUCCCCUACACAUGGUAAGUCUUGUGCUGUUCCCUGCUGUCCUCCCUACUAUGUGUCUGGGAAAUCUUAUAGCAAUUAAUAUAAAAUGUUCUUUGGAGGAUAGAACAGGAGAGAAGAUAGGAAACAAAAUAGAGAAAUUUUCAGUUUUGUUUUUUUUAAAACCAAAUGUUUCACGUAGGAUGCAAAAUGCUGGCACGUCAUAAAAAUAUGGAUGUGUAAACAGUUGUAGUUGUGCUCAGUUUGUAGUGAUGGAAAAUGUAUUUUACUUGGAUCAAAUAAAUAAUGCUGGAAUAUUCAA